AUGGCAGAGAGUGAGUCGGCAGAAUCCGACCAGGGACCCGUUGAUGGUGAGACGUUGGUAUGGCAUUCUGCCGAGGUCAUCGUGACGAAUCCCUGUACCGGUUGGGCAAACGGCGCCAAGGUGGAAUCCUCUUGGAAGUCUUUGCCGCACGGCUGGCAUUUUCGAGUUGAAGUACAUCCAAACGGACGUGCAGAGCAUCAGGGGUUUGUGAGUGUCUGGGUCAGAAUCCGCCCACCUGCUGUGAUGGAAGGGACGGAUUGGAUCUUUCCGGAUCUGCAGCGGGUCAGAUUCCUCAUCAAGGGGCCUCGUAAGUUCCACAGCUUGCACAGUUCCAAGGCACCCCCUGAUCCGUUCAGCAAAUCUCGGCCAGCCUUUGGUCCCCCACGACUGGUUAGUCAUGACGCAAUCCGCGAGAACAAUUGGCUCAGAGCUGGCAAGCUUCGCAUAGUGGGCGAGGCCGCAUUUCUUCCAGUAAGCUUCCCAUGCCGAGAUUUGCAGCCAGAGGUUUUUUCCAAGAAGCCAGAGUUCGUGACGUUCCUCUUGACCGAUGGGUCGUCUCUUCACUUUGACAAGAGGCUCGUGGUGGAGCGUUCGCUGCAUUUCGCAAACAUGCUGGCAUCCGAAGCGUGGCUCGAGAGCCGCACCAACGUGGUCGACCUGCGGAAUAAUGAGCAAGCUGACGUGAAGAGCAUGCAGGCAGUGCUUUGCCAUUUCAUGUCGCAGCGGUUUCGUGCUGCUUGCAACGAAGAUCACGCAUUUUCCGUCCGCAAGCUUGCAGAUCAGUUCUGCCUAGAUGACUUGGUUCAGGAAGUGGAAUCAGAGCUCGUGCCAAGAGUUUGCAAGGACAACCUGCUCAAGUUUUUGGGUAGAGUCCUUGGAAGUGGAGGAAUCUUGGAGGCCCGAUGCCUAGAGAUGCUGAAAGCAAAUGCUUGCGAAGUUCUCGAGAAGCAGGGUGCGACUUAUCCCCAGCCAGGGGACAAGCUCUACACGCACUACGUCGGUAGGAUCGCGUCUACCGGCGAGCAGAUCGACUCUUCCUACGAACGUGGCCUGCCCUUCAGGUUCCAGCUGGGCGUCGGCCAGGUCAUCGCCGGCUGGGAUGAGGGUAUCCGCAAGAUGUCUCUGGGCGAGCAGGCGCUGCUGAUGAUUCCGGCAGAACGAGCCUACGGAGCACAAGGAGCUGGAGGAUCGAUCCCUCCGAAUACGGACCUCAUCUUCGAGGUGGAGUUGCUGAAGAUCUCGGCUUACUGA